AUGGCAGAUGUUUUGGACAUCGAAAAUUCCGAAGAAUUUGAGGUCGAUGAAGAUGGUGAACAGGGAAUUGCAAGGUUAAAGGAAAAAGCAAGAAAACGUAAGGGUCGUGGUUUUGGUUCAGAAACUGGCGGAGGUACUGAGAGGGGUAAUCGAGGAAGAUAUGACAGCUUAGCACCCGAAGGUGACGGCAAUACACCUGGUCCUCAGAGAUCUGUUGAGGGUUGGAUUCUAUUUGUGAGCAAUGUCCAUGAAGAAGCACAAGAGGAGGACAUUCAGAAUCAGUUUUCAGAAUUUGGAGACAUAAAGAAUAUACAUUUAAAUUUAGAUAGACGGACUGGGUUUCUCAAAGGAUAUGCUCUUGUUGAAUAUGAGACUUAUAAGCAAGCAGCUAGUGCCCGUGAAGCCCUUGAUGGUACAGAUAUCCUUGGCCAGACAAUUUCUGUUGACUGGUGCUUUGUAAAAGGACCUACAAAGGGGCAUAAAAAACGACGAUAG